AUGAGCCGGCGGUGCCUGCGAAUUCUUUGUGGAGGCAAGGAUGAAGCGAGCGACGAUGGCCCCACGCGCACCGGCCAAACGUCGGCGCUGCACGCGUGCGUGAGCAUCAUCAAGUGCGUGGUGGGUGCCGGUUCCUUCUUCCUCCCCUACGGCCUGAAGAAAGCUGGGCUGUGGGGCGGCGCCAUUGGUAUCCUGGUGCUCGGGCUCUUGUGCGACUACAUCGACUACCGGGUCAUCCAAUGCAAGCGGAAGCUCUUCGGCGGUCGGACCAUCGCCUAUCCCGACCUGGCCGAGGCCACCUUUGGCGCGAUCGAAGUGUUGCUCUCGUGGAUCAAGUCCUUCUCCUACGUGGGCUUGACCUCCGUCGCCGGCGAUGCCGCGCUCGUCCUCGGGGUGGCGGUGGUGUUUGUGUACGGCUUCAAGGACGGCGGUUUCAUCGAUUCGCCGCUCAACAUGCCGGUGAUCCGGAUCGAGACCUACCCGCAGUUCUUCGGCACGGCCGCCUUCCUGUUCUCCAUCACCAUGUACCUCUUCCCCAUCGAGAGCUCCAUGCGCGAGCCCAAGCGUUUCAACGCCUCCCUCCACAUCGCCUUCUUCAUCACCACCAUCGGCAAUGUGGUGUUUGCCAGCUUCGCGUACAUGUUCUUCGGUGACGAUGUGCAGCAGAUCGUGAUCGACAACCUGGGCCAGUCGGUCUCGGUCACCAUCGCCAAGGUGGCGCUCGUGCUCGACCUGGUCUUCACCUUCGUCAUCGUCUUCGUCCCGUGCCGCACCGUGGUCGAGGAGUCCAUCCUGGGCCGCGCCGGCCUGUGGCACUGGUGGCGCGUGGGCCGGUUCGAGCCCUCGCCCUCCUCCUCGCUCGUCUCGUCGCCCUCGCUCUCGACCACUUCGUCCACCCUCUUCGUGUCGACGCCGCGCUCAUCGCCGGCCGCGUCGCUCACGUCGUCGUCCUCGCCGUCGACCUCGCUCGCGUCGUCGUCGGGCCGCGUCGACAGCGCGGGCUACCUGCUCCCACCCGGCGCCUACGUGCGGCUGGGCAGCGCCGACAGCGGAGGCAUCGGCGGCGGCGGCGUGGGCAGCAUCAACUACAGCACGCAGCAGGACCACUUCGUCACGAGCGAGGACCGCGGCCUUGGCCUGGGCCUCGCGGAUGAUGGCGCGGAGCCGCGGGAGGAAGAAGCGGACGACCUCGUGCCCCACUGGGAGCGCGUGCUCGUGCGCACCGGCAUGAUCGCCGCCAUCGUCGGCCUCGCCUGCGCCAUCCCCAACGUCAUAGGCACCAUGAACUCGUUCGUGCUGCCGACGCUGAUCUACAUGCGGGUGCGGUACCGGGAGAAGAACGAGGGCUUUGUGAGCGUCUACGACCUCAAGGAGCAGCGCGACGAGGACGCGCGCCGGGAGCGAAGAGAGAAGCGCAAGCGAGACGCCGCGAAGACCGCGAAGAAGAAGCGACAGCAGCGACGACAGAACGACGACGCUGUCGAUGACGGAGGAGGAGGCGAUGAUGGGCGAGGGUUGGACGAGGAGGGAGGAGGUGCCGACGUGAAGGGCGAGCGACGAGGCCUCUUCAGCGGCCGAAGGCCGGCCUACGGCAUCGACAGCAACGGCGACGCCGAGGGCGACGGCGACAGCGCUGGCCCGAGCGGCAACGGCGACGGCGACGAUGAUGGCGGCGACAGCGACAGUGAAGGCGAAGGCGGUGAUGGCGGGCGAGGGCAGCAGCAGUACCGGGCGAGGGAGGACAGCGAGGCGAAGCGUGACAGCGGGACGAAGUGGCUGCUGUGGAUGCAGCAGACGUCGCAGGGGCGCAGGGGCAACGAGCGACGGAGCGGCGUGCGCUACUGGGUGCGCGAGGCCGCACACUGGGCGUUCCACUCGCUCAUCGUCGUGUUCGGCCUCGCCAUGGGCGUGCUCACCACCGUCCAAGCCUUCCAGACCGUCAUCGCCGACUACUCCUAG